GCUCAUAGAUGACGUUUAUCUGCAUUUAGUCACUUCUUUCCAUCGAAAUUGUCCACGUUUUCGAAAGCUAUUUUGUGCAAUUGGUGUGUGUGCGAGGAAUAAGUAAACAAAAUGACUUCGUUAACUCCCGAACAGAAAAAGGAAUUGAUCACCCGUAACCUGCAAGAAACUUUGGGUGAAGAUAAACUCAAUGCCGUACUUAAGGAACGUGAUUUGAAAAUCUAUUGGGGUACUGCCACCACCGGUAAACCUCAUGUGGCCUAUUUUGUGCCCAUGUCGAAAAUUGCUGACUUUUUGAAAGCAGGAUGUGAGGUCACCAUUCUUUUUGCCGAUCUUCAUGCUUAUUUGGAUAAUAUGAAAGCACCAUGGACUCUCUUGCAAUUACGUACCCAAUACUAUGAAGCCGUCAUUAAAGCCAUGCUGUCGUCCAUUGGUGUUCCUCUAGAUAAAUUGAAAUUCGUAAAGGGUACCGACUACCAACUCUCCAAGGAAUACACUCUAGAUGUUUACAAACUAAGUUCAGUGGUUACGCAACACGAUGCCAGAAAGGCAGGUGCUGAAGUUGUUAAACAAGUUGAAUAUCCUCUCCUAUCCGGUUUACUCUAUCCCGGUUUGCAAGCCUUGGAUGAGGAAUACCUCAAAGUUGAUGCUCAAUUUGGUGGCGUCGAUCAAAGAAAAAUCUUUACAUUCUCUGAGAAAUAUUUGCCCCAGUUGGGCUAUGAGAAACGUAUACAUUUCAUGAAUCCUAUGGUUCCUGGUUUGGCUGGUGGUAAGAUGUCUUCUUCAGAAGAAGAUUCUAAGAUUGAUCUGUUGGAUUCGCCCUCCAAUGUCAAGAAGAAGUUGAAGAAGGCUUUCUGUGAACCCGGCAAUAUCGCUGACAAUGGUUUGCUGUCAUUCGUCAAACAUGUGUUGUUCUCCUUGUUCAAAGAUGGUGAAGGUUUUGAAAUACAUCGUGCGGCUGAAAAUGGUGGCGACGUUACAUUCAAUAAUUUUGCUGAUUUAGAGCAGUAUUUUGCUGAUCAAAAAUUGCAUCCUGCUGAUCUUAAAGCAUCUGUAGAGAAAUAUAUCAAUAAAUUACUGGAACCAAUUAGAAAAGCUUUCGAAACACCAGAAUUACAAAAACUCAGUGCUGCUGCUUAUCCACCACCAGCUAAAAUUAAAGGUGGCAAUGCCGCCAAUGCUGCAGCUCCCGAGGAAGAGGGACCCCACCGCUUGGAUAUACGUGUGGGCAAGGUGAUUGAGGUACAGCGUCAUCCUGAUGCUGAUACUUUGUAUGUCUUAAAGAUUGACUUGGCUGAAGCUGAACCCCGUACUAUUAUCAGUGGUUUGGUGAAAUUUGUUACCGUCGAAGAACUCGACCAACGUUUGGUAGCUGUUUUGUGUAAUCUCAAGCCCUCCAAAAUGCGUGGUAUUCUGUCCGAAGGCAUGGUUUUAUGUACUUCAAAUGAGGAUCAUACUGUGGUAGAGCCCAUUAUUGUUCCUGCCAAUGCAGCUGCUGGUAGCCGUUUGGCCUUUGAAGGCUACAGUGGCCAACCUGAUGAACAAUUGAAUCCCAAAAAGAAAGUUUGGGAAAAACUUUCGGCUGACUUCAAGACAAAUGGCGAGGGUGUGGCUGUAUGGAAGGAUAAUUUCUUAUUGACUCCUGAAGGCGAAAAACUUUCCAGCAAAUUAGCCAAUUGUUGCAUUAAAUAGAUGAUUUUAGUAACGCGAUAUUAUGAACAAAGGCAUUUAGUUUAUUUACCACAUUCUUUUAUUUAUUUAAAACGCCUCUUAUGAAACACAUUUUGAUAUUUGUUUUUUUUUUUGUUUAUUUUUUUUAUUUUUGGUGUGAACGGCUUAAAGUUUAAACACAAUAAAUUAUAACUGCCUCAACAUUUAAACUUUACAA